GGAGUGGUGGCAGGGUACACGAGGUGAAAAGUAUGCAAGGAGAGGUUAUGGAAGGACAUGGGGGCCUUCCCAAGAGACGAUGUGGAGGAUGACUUAAGGUUUGAUGAAACCAAUCUGGAGGACUUUAUCGAGAGCUUGCAGCUGACCGCAGAGAGAGGCGAGUGGAACAAGGAAGAAAGGAAGAAACAACUGAUCGCAAGAUCAAAAGAGAGUGAAAAGGAGGAAGUUAAAAGAAUUGUGGAAGGGAGCCGAACCUGGAAGAGAAUAACAACAGAAUUGUGGAUAGCCUACACCCAGACCAGGCAAGAUCAAACAAGAAAAGAAAGUCUGCAAGAGAAGGGGCUAUGGAUUGGAAAAGAGGUGGCUGAGCCACAGGGGAAGGAGGCAGAAGAUGAAGAAGAAGAUAAUGUGCCUAUGAAGAGAUUGAAAAACAAGACGAGAGUCUCCCCCAAGAGCAGCAUCAAGGGAUUUGAACAGGCUGAGGGGGAUGAGCAGGAAGAGGAGGAGGCAGCAGAAGUGAGGAAAAGAAGCAUGGAGGCAAGUAUGGUACCGAGAAAGAAGAAACUUGGAAAGAAAAGGGCAAUUGAGAGUGGAAGGGAAGAGGUACAAGAGAGGAGGAGUGAAAAGGAGGGAGGAGUGAAGGAAGCUGGAGAAGGGAAGAAGAUCCAGGAAGAAGGAUAGGCUCCCAAGGUCAAGAGGACUGAGGAAAAGGGACCAAUUGGAAACAGAGAAAGGGAACAGGCAAGUGGGAUAAGAAGGAAGGAAGAUGAGAGGGAUGCCCAGGUGAAAAAGUUGAUAAGAGAUAUGAAAGAGAUGAGGGAGGAAAUGAAAGGGUUGAAGAAAGGGAAGGAGGAAUUACAGAAAGAAGUGAGUCAAUUGAGGGCCGCCCUAACUAUGAGCGACAGAAAAUUGGAGAAUGAAGCGGCCACGAUAGG